UGGAUGCCUCAUUUCGCAUUGGAGGCUGGGGUUAGGGUUUCUCGUUCCGCUACUGCUCGUCUCCGCUUCCACAGUCUCAACCUGUUCGGCGAGCUGGGCGAGCUGAAAGAACGGUCGAACACCGACGAUUUCUUUGCCGAAUUCGUAGAUUCGGGUGUCGGUAAGGACGAUUCGGUAGAAAGAUAAACGUCAGUUAUGAUGAAUCGAUCGAGAUCAGUCAGAGAAACUGUUCAAGAUCUUGAGUUGAGACUCGGUCCUUCUUAUCUAUCUAAAGUUGGAAUGCCGCCUGCUGAUUGUCUAAGGACUUACCGUGAGAUAAUAUUGAUCGAUGAUGACGGCGAUUAUGACAACAGGCUGAUAAACCCUCCUGAACAUCCAGAAGUGGCAUUUAGUUCCUACCCAUAUUCAAGUUCAUGGGAACAUGUAAUUAGAGAAGAGGACUUGGAACUUCGUCUCGGAGUUGGAGCCACUCAUGUCCAUCUUGGGAAUUCGAUUUGUGGGACUAAUAGAUUGGAAUUUAAAUUUAAAGACCCAAAUGCUCUGAAAUCUGGCAAGAUACGACAGGCAUCUUCCAGCCAAUACCUCUGUGACUUUAAUGAGGUCAAAUUGAAAUGUGCAAUCUGCAUGGACACAAUGAAGGAGGAGACAUCCACGACCUGUGGGCACGUGUUUUGCUGCGGUUGCAUCACCAACGCGAUCCGCGUGCAGCGGAGAUGCCCAACUUGCCGGGAGAAACUCUCUCUGAGCAAUGUUCACCGCAUAUACCUCCCAGGAGCAAGUUCCUGACCACUACUGACUGCACUGACAUCUCGACCGAGUUUAUAGCCUGGUUCCGGAUGAUCACCUUACGAAGGGUAGCCGAUGGGUUUCGAUGAACUUUCGGGUGUUUUGUAGAAGUUUUUUGUGCAUUAGGUAUUGUAGCAGCAGCCGUGAGUUGUAAUUCUAUAUGUCCUGAGAAUGAGAAACUGAUCCCAGGUUGUAUGUGUGUUUGAACUCAAAACUGGAAUCAGGAAGAUCUGGUCACCGAUUAAUCCUGCCACCACGAGACUACAAGUUUAUUAUUGUUAGACUGUUGAACAUUGUAUUGAGUUCUUUUUGCCAACUUGAUGGAAUUGUUACAGUCUUUUCAA